AAGUCGAAACCGAGUCGAGUUGCGGAACAGGAAUUGAAAACCGACUCUUUGGAGUGCCCUUUCUUUUAUUAGAUUCAAUUCACUCAUCUUUUUUUAAAGCCGGAGGCAUAAUGGAUGAGCCACCACCCCCCGGUGGAGAGAUUCCAGGCCUGAUGAUGGUUGAUCAUAUGAUGCCCCCCGGAACUGGACCGUAUGGCAUGGCAGACAUGGGGCCUCCAGGAAUGAUGACAGCACCACCACCACCUUCAUUGGGAAUGACUAUGCCACCUGGUGAUGAGGCAUAUGAGUCCCUUCUUCCACCUGGUGUAGAAGAUGAUGACACUCCCAUGGCUCCUCCUCCACCAUCAUUUAUACGUGAAGGCAGCCCUGAGGAUGACUUGAGACUUCCUCAAGCACUAGAGCAAGCACUGGCCUAUAAAAACCAACGGGCCCAAGCCCUAGGAGUUGAUGAAGACGAUUUUAAUCAAAUUGAUAAAGAGUAUGACAUCCCGGAAGCUCCUCCAGCCCCUGUUAUCUCACAAGAUGACGACUAUGAUGAGGAAGAGGAUAAUGAUGAUUCAAAUAAAAUUUCUAAGGAAGGAAAACUUACCAAAGAGGAAAUGAGAAUCAACAAAAAUAAAAGAAAGAAGAAGAAGAAAAAGCAGAAUAAACAAACUCAAAGAAUUCAAAAGCAAGAACAAGAGCUAAAAGAGAGUGAGCGGGAGAAGACAGAUGAAGAGACUGGAGAGAAAGAUGUAGAUGUUGAAAUAGAGUACAUUCAAGAAGUUCUAGGGUUAAAUGAUCUUGAUCCAAUGUACCGUCAUUUUGCCAAAGUUUUUGAAACUUUCCGUAUUACUGAACCUGAUAAUCAAGUAAAGCUAGAAGAGAUAAAAGAAGAACCUGUUGUAGAGUUUAAGAAAGCACCCAAACCAAUUGAUGAAUAUGAUGAUGAGGAAGAUGAAGAGAAAAAACAGGAUGAAAAGAAAAAACUAUCAAAGAGGAAACUGAAAAAACUGACACGGUUGAGUGUAGCUGAAUUGAAACAACUUGUAUCCAGACCAGAUGUCGUAGAAAUGCAUGAUGUCACAGCCAGAGAUCCCAAGCUGCUUGUGCAGUUGAAAGCCCACAGAAACACUGUCCCUGUUCCUAGACAUUGGUGCUUUAAACGAAAGUACUUACAAGGGAAACGUGGUAUUGAAAAACCUCCUUUUGAUCUGCCUGAAUUUAUUAAGAAAACAGGCAUUAUGGAAAUGCGAGCAGCACUACAAGAAAAAGAAGACCAGAGAACACUUAAAGCCAAGAUGAGAGAAAGAUCUAGGCCCAAAUUAGGCAAAAUUGACAUUGAUUAUCAAAAGUUACAUGAUGCAUUUUUCAAAUGGCAAACUAAGCCCCGAAUGACAAUUCACGGGGAUUUGUAUUAUGAAGGGAAAGAAUUUGAAACAAGACUUAAAGAGAAGAAACCAGGAGAUUUGAGUGAUGAUCUAAGAACAGCUCUGGGAAUGCCUGUUGGUUCCAGUGCACAUAAGGUUCCUCCCCCAUGGUUGAUUGCUAUGCAGCGGUAUGGCCCUCCUCCAUCAUACCCUAACUUAAAGAUUCCUGGCCUCAAUGCACCUAUUCCAGAUAAUUGCUCAUUUGGUUACCAUGCUGGUGGCUGGGGUAAACCUCCAGUUGAUGAAUCAGGAAAGGCAUUGUAUGGUGAUGUUUUUGGUCAGCAGAACCGAGAUUAUCAGAAUGACGCACUUGAAGAGGAAGUAGAUCGUGCUAUUUGGGGAGAAUUGGAAUCAGAAUCUGAGGAAGAGGAAUCAGAAGAAGAAGAAAGUGAAGCAGAAGAAGAGGGAGAGGAUCAGACAGGUCUUGUUACACCUGCUGAAGGUCUAGUUACACCAAGUGGUAUGGCUUCUAUACCUACUGGUCUGGAAACACCUGAGAUCAUUGAACUGAGAAAGAGGAAAAUAGAAAGUGAGAUGGAUGGAGGAGACACGCCUGCUCAACUUUAUCAGGUGCUACCAGAGAAACGGGUGGAUCGGGUGUCUGGUGCAAUGAUGGCUUCAACUCAUAUAUAUGAUAUGGCGGGAACAAGUGCACCCAGGGAGGGUGUUCCAAUUGUCCAGCCUCGAGGACGUGUCCAGCUUCCAGGAAUGUCAGAUCAAGCGGUUGAACUUGCUUUAGAUCCUUCAGAACUGGAUCUAGUGGACACUGAGGCAAUGAAAGCUCGAUAUGAACAACAAAUCAGAGAACUGAGUCAUUUACAGAAAGAAGAUCAUUCGGAUAUGUUGGCUGACCAUUUAGCAAGACAAAAGAACAAGAGGAAGAGGCAGCAGACACAGUCCGAUAAACAGACUAAGAAAUAUAAGGAAUUCAAAUUCUAAGAAAGAAAAUUUAAAUAUAUUGGUAUGUACAUGUAUCACAACCUCAAAGCCCUCAUGGCUCUCAAAAAUCAUUCCCCCUUACUGUGAAUUUGUUUUUUUCACAAUUUGAUGAAUUGUGUAUUGUCAAUUGUUUUCCCCCUUAAUUACAUUGAGCUGUUGCUAAUACACUCUCAAACCAUGUAAAUUUUACUUAACUUUUUAUUUAAAAAAAAUAUAAAAUAAAGCUCUAAACCAUAUAUCACCAGUCAAAAUCAGUCCCAAGGCUAUCUAGAGGGAGCACUUCCUGCAUCUUGACGUACAUGAAAAAUAAAAAAAGAAAAAAAAUCAAAAAAUACAACAAAAAUUGGACAAUUUUAAGGUUUUAAAUCCCCUAUUUUUACCUGAUUUCCUCCAAAAUACAUUCAGCUUCUCUCCAUCCUGUUUCAAUUGCUCCAUGCACAGUAGAAAAGAAGUGUUCAUGGGUUGCUUCUCCUGCAAAAUGCACCACCUGAGGAGAAAAUGAAAUAUUUGAGAUGUGAAAUUUAUUUUCAUUUCAUAUAUGUACUGUAAUAUGUAAGUUGAGUGCAAGAUUAUUAACUUACCUUUCUGUUUUUUCUGUUUUUGAGUGGUUCAGCCAGUUGCUUAGCAUUCACAUUCAUUUUUUCUGUGUUCAUACUUCGAAAACUGUAAGAUCCUCUGAAGUGAGGAUUACUGUACCACUUUGAUCUUUGGAAUGUCAUAAAAACAUACAAAAAGAUUAA